UUUCAGUUUUUUCACCAAACUAAACGUUAAAUUUAUUAAAGCAUAUUUAUGUUUGAGAUAAGUGGGAAGAAGGACUAAUUAAAAUAUGGUCGUGCUUUUUGUAAUGAGGAAACCACUUAAGACAAAAAAGAUUACACUAUACACCUUUAAAAAAAAAAUGAUGUUUAAAUAGCGCGAAGUUUCGUUACUUUUCACACAUCUGACUUAGAAGUUUAGCAACAUGAAGCUAUUAUCUACAGUCCUCCUCUUGCUGUUUGCUGCCGUAGGAUUUCCUUCUGGUGAAGCCAUCAUCGGUCGAUAUCGUUGCAUUUUAGUUAAAAACCACAAUUGCCCGAAUAAGAAUGUUAAUUUCUGGCUAUAUAGCAAAACCACUCGCGAUGCUCCCGUUAAGCUAGAUCCACUCAAACUUAAUCCCAAGGACUUUAAUCCGCCACGUCCACUCAAAAUACUUCUACAUGGCUUCAUAGGAAAUCGCGACUCUGCACCCAAUAAUUAUAUACGACCCGCACUCCUGAACAACGAGAAUGUCUAUGUUAUCUCCGUUGAUUAUGCUCGUUUGGUGAAUGCUCCAUGCUAUUUAACUUCCAUAAAGAAUCUCCCAUUGGUCAGCAAAUGUCUCGCCCAGCUCAUAAAUAAUCUGGUGAAGCAGGGCCUUGUACAGCACGAUCAGAUCCACAUCAUUGGCUUUAGCUUGGGUGCCCAUGUGGCUGGACAAACAGCCAACCAUGUGCAGCGCAAGCUGAAACGCAUCACGGGUUUGGAUCCCGCCAAGCCUUUCAUCAAUGGCGAUAGUUAUAAACGUUUGGAUAUAAGCGAUGCAGACUUUGUGGAUGUUAUACACACGGAUAGAAUCUUAGGCUUGGGGAAGCCCGUGGGCCAUGUGGAUUUUUAUCCGAACUAUGGGUCACAUCAACCCGGCUGCAGGAAGGAGAAUCCCUUGACUCCGCAAGUAUGCAAUCACAAUCGUGCUCCCCGCUACUAUGGAGAGUCCAUUAAUUCGACGCUGGGUUUUUGGGGUCGUAGAUGCACCACGAAAGAAUAUGUUAAGCGUCGUUGCCCCAAAAAUAGCCCGCAAGCUCUGAUGGGUUACCAUGCCACAAAGAAAUUGGAGGGCUCCUUCUUUCCCGUGACUGGCAGCAAAGCGCCUUUCGCGCUGGGCAAGGAUAAGCAGGCGGAUAGCACCACAAACGAAGAGGACUUCGAUUCCGAGUUCGAUUUUGAUUCGACGCCUACUGAAUUCGAAGAUGAUUAUGAGCCAAAGUGGGAUGAAAUAUAUCCAGAACUGAAGACCAAUGAUGUCGAGAUCAUAGAAGACGCGUGGUUUCGCUACUUGCCACACAUCUGGCUUAGAACUGCCGUAGGAUUUCCUUCUGGCGAUGCCAUUAUCGGUCAACAUCCUCGCAUUUUAAUUAAAAAUCACCAUUGCCCAAAUAAGAAUGUCAAUUUCUGGCUAUAUAGCAAAACCACUCGCGAUGCUCCCGUUAAGCUAGAUCCACUCAAACUAAAUCCCAAGGACUUUCAACCGCCACGUCCACUCAAAAUACUUCUACAUGGCUUCACAGGAAAUCACGACUCUGCGCCCAAUAAUUAUAUACGACCCGUGCUCCUGGACAACGAGGAUGUCUAUGUUAUCUCCGUUGAUUAUGGUCGUUUGGUGAAGCCUCCAGACUAUAUAGCCUCCGUAAGGAAUCUCCCAUUGGCCAGCAAAUGUCUCGCCCAGCUCAUAAAUAAUCUGGUGAAGCAGGGCCUUGUGCAACACGAUCAGAUUCACAUCAUUGGCUUUAGUUUGGGUGCCCAUGUGGCUGGACAAACAGCCAACUAUGUGCAGCGCAAGUUGACACGCAUCACGGGCUUGGAUCCCGCCAUGCCUCUUAUCUCCGAAAAAAAUCAAAAACGUUUGGAUAUAAACGAUGCAGACUUUGUGGAUGUUAUACACACGGAUAGAGUCUAUGGUAUGGGGCAACCUGUGGGCCAUGUGGAUUUUUAUCCGAACUAUGGGUCACACCAACCCGGCUGCAGGAAGGAGAAGCCCUUGACUCCGCAUGUAUGCAAUCACGAUCGUGCUCCUCGCUACUAUGGAGAGUCCAUUAAUUCGACGCUGGGUUUUUGGGGUCGUAGAUGCACCACGAAAGAAUAUGUUAAGCGUCGUUGCCCCAAAAAUAGCCCGCAAGCUCUGAUGGGUUACCAUGCCACAAAGAAAUUGGAGGGUUCCUUCUUUCCCGUGACUGGCAGCAAAGCGCCUUUCGCGCUGGGCAAGGAUAAGCAGGCGGAUAGCACCACAAACGAAGAGGACUUCGAUUCCGAGUUCGAUUUUGAUUCGACGCCUACUGAAUUCGAAGAUGAUUAUGAGCCAAAGUGGGAUGAAAUAUAUCCAGAACUGGAGACCAAUGAUGUCGAGAUCAUAGAAGAGUAGAAUUGAUCAAUAUUGAUCUAUAUUGUAAUGAAACAUUUACAUGGUUUACUAAUCUAUCUAUCUAAUAAAGUUGCAUGCAAUUA